AUGGGGAACUGCAUCAUUCGACAAAACAAGGUCAUGCAAGCAGAUUGGGAAAUCAGUAAACAUAAAGAACCCAUGAAAGCUCAUCCAGUCUUACCAGUUGUGCUUUAUCCAGUGGCAAUUCCGGUAAUAAAGGCAGGAUCAGAGGGCGAUAAUGGAGUUGUGAGGAUUAAGGUGGUGAUAAGUAAACAAGAGUUGGAGGUGAUGUUGAGAAAAGGAGGUGUUUCAGUAGGUGAACUGGUUUCUCAUAUGAAAAAAGAAAGAUUUGAUGUGAUUGAUGAUGACGAUGAAGAUGAUAGAAAUCGUGGAAGAUGGAAGCCUGUUUUAGAUAGCAUACCUGAAUUAAACUAG